GUAAGAAGUGCUGCUGGACGGGUUCUUUCUCUUCAAAGGACUUCCACGCGGACAGUGUCACCGCCAGGAUUUUCUCCUUCCCUGGGCUCAUCUCUGCAUCUGCAAAGCGGCAGCCACAAUCGCCCCUGACGUUCUCGACGCCAAGUGAUAGAUGCAGAGUGGUGCAAUUGAUCGGUUUGCUUGACACGCUCCGUGAGCGCCCGGCUGAUGCGUUGAAGCAUGAUGAAUCACCAUGCCGUCCUUUCUGAAGCCUCACUUGUAUGAACAAACGGCGGCUAUAAGUAUCGCUCCGUCUUUUCCUAUCGCUGUCCAUUCGUCCAACCGUCUCCCAAUGAAACCUUGACUACGACUGCCCAACCAUCCAUUGCGAUUGAAACCACAUAGGAAAAGAUAAGACAACAUGAAGACCAACACUGACCCAGCCAACACCCGACUGAAUUUCCGAUACACUUAUCAACAAUGUCCGCUGCAUCAAUAUGUCAAGAUGUCGGCCGCGAGAGAUAGCCCUUUGGUAUGGCGGUGCCAGAAAUGCACAGAGACCCAUACCACAAUCUACCAGUGCGAGAACUGCGGCCAUAACUUAUGCCCGAGCUGCUGCAACUACAGCGAACAACGCACCGGUGUCACUGUACCUUCUCAGAAUCGCUAUCGCGGCCGGUGAGCCAAGUAGGAGGAGACAUAUCGAGUUGAGGGUUGGGGAUCUUCUUGCUGCGCAGGCGCUCUCGGGUGGCCGCGAUGGCCUAUUGCACGUUCAGCAGCGCCUUGAACAUGUCUAUCUGACGUCCUUGUGGCUUGUCCUCUCGUUCCACAUAUCCCUUAUCCCGACGCGAUCGGCCAAACUUGGGCUUGGUGGUGGUGGCUUUUGUUCUUUCGGGACUACAAUGGAAAGGAAUGGAAUGGGUGCUGGCACAACAAGUAGGGCGGUUAACUACAUACAAGUGACAGCAGCGACGUGGCUGCGGAUUGUGUGGGAGGAGGUAUCUGCGGACAGGGUUUCUGACUUUGUUCCCCUGCGACGACAUUGUUCGAGGUUUGGCUCAGGGUCGCAUGGCCUGGUUUGACUGGGGACUGAGGCUUCAUUGAGGGUUUCCAUAGCACCACAACAAGAGAUCAGCGUGAUAAUGACAUCGUCACGGUGACCCUGGACGACAGAAUAUUUUCUUACACCGUUGACUAUC